GUGACAGUUGGGCUGGUUUGUUGUGUUGGGUUUUCAGAUCUCCAGGGAAUCCAUGAGACAGAGAGAGACAGAGAGAGACAGACAGACAACAGAGACAGACACAGCAUGCCCUUCAUGCAACCUUAUAGGAAUCAGGAGAGUCUGAUCACAGCCUCAGUGUGUGAGAUUCUGGCUGCACCAAGGGGCAUGUAACCUGCUAGCCAACCAGCUAUCCAGCUAGCCACCCACCCACCUAACCAGCCAUCCAGCUAGCCACCCACCUAGCCAGCCAUCCAGCUAGCCGGCCUAAUACCAGCCUCAGUGUGUGAGAUCCUGGCUGCAGCUGGGGGCAUGUGACAUGCCCUGCUAGCCACUUAACCAUCCUGCUAGCCACUCAGCCAGCUUACCGUCAGCCCCAGUGUGUGGGAUCCUAGCUGUACCAAGGGACAUGUAACCUGCUAGCCACCCAUCCUCCUAGCUAGCCUUCCUUGUAUCAGCCUUAGUGUGUGGGAUCCUGGCUGUACCAAGGGACAUGUAACGUGCCCAGCUAGCCAACCAGCUAGCCAUCCUGGAUAUCCAGCCAUGAAAGACGGGGGGGAAUCCAAAGACCAGCAGCUCACGGUAAGUGCACAGGAUCUCCUUGUUAUAUUAUAAUAUUACAGUAUAAAAUAUUCUGUGCAUAUUAUAGUAACAUUGUUGCACAUGUAUAUUAAUAUUAUUAUUACUUUAUUGUUAUAUUGUCAUCAUGUUAGUAAACUUUUUCUGAUUAUCAUGUUUGAUUCCAGUAAUAUUAUUAUUAUUAUUAACAACAUUAUAUUAUUCUUACUUUUUAAUAUAAUAAAUUUACAUUUAUUAAUAUUUAUUAUUAUUUCAUCUUAAUCUUAUUCCUGAAAUUAUUAUUUUUAUGCAUUUUACAAUAAUUAAACCUGAUUAAAAUGAUUAUAUUUAUUCCUUCCCCGCUACUAGGGUUAAAUUAAUUCAAUGUGCACAUAUUGGCUCAGUGUUUGUAAACUUUGGGGACAUUAGCCAUCCUUAUUAUAUCUUUACUGUAUUCCACAUUUUACAGGUUUACAAAUCUGUCUGUAUAAAGACUUAUUAUGGUGCCCUGACCCCUUCUAUAAUCCCCCAAUAUUAAUAAAUCUCUGUGAGCAGUUUGCUGGCCCCUGGCAGGGCGCAGGUUAAUAUUCAGUGAUUUUAGUUUGUGUUGGGGACAUUGUUUGACAAGUGUUCUGUUCACACUGCACUGCACAGUAAUUGUAUGUUUGUGCUUUGUAAUCCAUCGCUGGGGGUCCCUACUGAAGGAUUAAGACAGACUAAUUGUGGCCUGCAAUUAAUUGUUAUUAAGAUAGCUUUCGGAUUAACCCUCUCCUCCCCCACAGAGAGAAUCACUGAAGUACCACACUGUUUGGUGAAUUGUAGGUUUUCAUUUUUUCACAGAUUGCACUUUGGAAGCAGUCGUAUUUGCUGGUACACUUUGUAUUCUGGGCUGGAUUGAUAUUUCGAGCCCUGUAGGCACACAAUUUGUAGAUGCCCCUCUACCCCUUCCUUAAACCCUUAAGGACCAAACUUCUGGAAUAAAAGGGAAUCAUGACAUGUCACGUGUCCUUAAGGGUUAAAACUCCUGUACCUUAUUGUGUGUUCCAUGAUUCGGCGCUUACCCACCCGCCACAAAUAAACAAUGCAUCUAAUAUGUAAUAGAAUGAAUUAUUGUAAUAAAAUAAAUCUGCAUUCAUGGGAGGGGUACCUAUAGGCAGCGACCUACCUUGCCUGGCGGUAAAUCUGUCCCUGUUUGUACACCUUGCACCUUUAUGCAUAUAAUUAAUCCUUACGGUAUUUCUUAGACCUGUGCACUAGUUCCGUUCAGCUGCGUUGAACGAAUUAAAUGCCUCUCAACCUAUGGACGAACACAACGAUUCCUCCAUCCAUACACUGACAGGCGUAUGAUUCGUUCAACGCCGCUGAUAGGAAUUGUGCAAAGUCUAGUAUUUAUACACCAAUGAUGUGUAUGGUAUGUGACAUUCAGGUGCCCUGUUUAUUAAAUCCCUUGGUAGUUAUCUUACUAAAAUCAUUAAUAAAUAAAGGGAAUUAACACAGUAAAGGAGGAGAGUAUAUUUAAUAGAAGAAAAACUACCACAGCAAGAAGACAUAGUCUUAAAUUAGAGGGACAAAGGCUUAAAAAGAAUAUCAGGAAGUAUUACUUUACUGAGAGGGUAGUGGAUGCCUGGAAUAGCCUUCCAGCUGAAGUGGUAGAGGUUAACACAGUAAAGGAGUUUAAGUAUGCGUGGGAUAUGCAUAAGGCUAUCCUAACUAUAAGAUAAGGCCAGGGACUAAUGAAAGUAUUUAGAAAAUUGGGCAGACUAGAUGGGCCGAAUGGUUCUUAUCUGCCAUCACAUUCUAUGUUUCUAUGUUUAAUACGCUCAGAUAAUUAUCAUCAGAUAAUUAUUAAAGAGGGCCGGUCAAUUCAGACUUAACAGGAUGUUCUAACUGUUAACCAAAAACAAAUAGUUAGUUAUACGUUUAUAUAAGGCGGUGGGACUUUUCUUUAAAUGCAAACUAUUGCUGGCACAGCCUGGCAUCUAAUGCAAAUUUAAAAUGUGCCUUGUUUACUGCAAACAGCUCAUUACUGUACAAUGUGUGCAGCAGUCACAGGAAGAUUUUAUUUCAGAUUAACCCCUUAAGGACACAUGACAUGUGUGACAUGUCAUGAUUCCCUUUUAUUCCAGAACCUUGGUUAAUCUAUUAUUUACUUAUUAUAUGUGUUAUUAUUCAUUUUAUUAAGUCUGUUAUAAUAAACUAAAUUCUCCUUGGGGGAGGGGGGGGGGUGAUAUUUGGUGGAGUUUGACCCAACCUUUGUGCUCACACUUCCCCCGAGGUUCCAUAUGGUGAAAUAACUACUCCGUGGACUGUUAAUCCUGACUGUCUGUGUUUUAUUAUGUGAGGUUACAGUUUAAUCAGCAUUGGGAAGUGUAACGAGCAGUGCCCCGGUGUACACUAAUACAGGGCCAAACACAGUAUAUCUCCCAGUCCGCCAUUUAGAUCCCUACCCGCCUGUGCUUCUAUUUAAAUUUGCUCAUUAUCUGUUCUUGAGAAUAAUCAUGAAAAUAAUGUACAAUUUGUUAUCAUUGCAGUAAAUACAAAUUGUACAUUUGUACCUAAUAUUUUUUACUUUUUAAAAAACAUUUUAUUAUAAUUUUCCAAAAACUUAAGAUUAAAAAGUUAAUUACAGUCCGUUGACUAUAAACAAAUAUUGGCACGCCUAGUUAUUCAAUAAAUAUUUGCUUCUUGUUAAAGAAAGAGGUGUCCAGCCUUUGCGAGUGUAUGUGUAACUGUGUCUUCCUGUUUCCCACACAGGUCGCUCUCCGUGUCCGGCCUAUCAAUGAGACCGAACUGGUGGAAGGGGCAACUAUCAUUGCCCACAAAGUGAAUGAGCAGGUACUGUCUGCAAUGUAACCAUUCCGAUGUUAAAGGCACUCUCCGGGAUAGUAUGACACCCCCUUUUUUGUGUGUAUGUUUUACUGUUUCAUGUUAACUUUACUGAAAAAUUAUUCUUUAUCUUACUACAAAAUGUCAAUUGCUUUUUUGAUUAGCAGCUCCUUGGCUGCUAGUGUGUCAUUUCUGGUUGAUAUCCAAUCAUUACUUUAGAGCUGAGCAGGGCAGUGCAGUGAGCCAGUAAGUCACUGUUCCAUGAAAGCUGAAAUUCUUUGGGGGUCUGGAGUGUUGUGUCUUUAAUAUCGUUAUGGUAUUUUAUCAGUAUUUACCGUAGGGUUUGGCAUGUUGCAUAGCUGUGUUUAAUUCCUCCAUAUUUCCAUGUAGCUCUGUAUGUUAUUAUAUGUUUUAGUUUGGAAUGUGAUAUCGCUCAGUGUGUUGUGAUUCAGUCCCGUCUUGUUAUAUAAUUCUGCGUUAUAUUAUGACUUGGUUUCAGUUCCAUAAACUUCUGUGAGACAUUAUGUAACUCUCUGUGUUCUCAAACAGUCCUGUAUGACAGCGAAUUAUAUUGUUCUCUAUUUUGUCUUAUGACACGUGAUACCUUAUUACCCUUUGUAUUCUAUCCGUCCUGUGUAUUGGUUUAGUUAUAAUGUUACCCUGUGACUGCAAUGCUCCAUAUUUCUGUGUAUGGCUGUAUAAUAAAUAUAUUAUUCUGCAUAAAUGAUUAUAUUAUGACUGUGUGUUUGUAUAAUGCUGCUCUCCUCAUAUUACAUCACCGUUAAUCAGAUGCAGACUCCUUUUAUAAAGCAUUGUGUGAGAUUUUAUCCGUCUGCUCGUUAUCUAUAUAACAUUAGCACCCUGCGUGAUACAACGCUCUAGUUAGUUUUCCUUCUGCGGGUUACAAAGUUCACGUUAAUUCUGUCGGCUGCUCAUUAGCGCUAAGUGGAUAAUUCCUGUGUUUGAUAGGUGCGUUCUGUAUGUAUAAUGUAAACAGCAGACGUGUGUCUAAGUAUCUGCGCUAUUAAUAGUGUCGGACCUUGGACUUAUCCUGUCAUUGGCGGCCAUGUUUCUAUGAACACGUUAAUUAUCUCGAUGCUGAAAAUGUCAGAGGUAGUUAAUAUACGUCUUCCAUGGGUCGUAUCGCUGGAUUAAGUCACCACAACACAGACGAACAUGUAAUAUAUUGUAAGGCACUGUACGCCAAACACCGAAAGGUCAUAGGUCAAGCGAAUUCAGUACCAUAGCACUGAGAGAGGUAAAAGCUCUGUGGAGCGUCUAUUCUGCUGAUCCAUGAUGGAAAUACAUCUGAUCAGUGAUAAAAAUACCACUCUCCCACCAUUGUGUACCAUGUGAUAUGUAUAACAUUUAAGGCAGCUUAGUGCUAAAUGAUAAGCUUUGUCUUAUACCCCCAUGUAGGUUAAAUAGGUAAUUGCACAGGUUGGAAAAAUGAUUCAUCUUCAUCAAAUUAAAUCUGUCACAAACCCCCAUUGUGGAUAUUUAUCCAAAAAUAAGACCCAGGCGACCAGGUUAAAGUGACUUUUUUUCCUAAUUCCAUCUGGGGUCUGGAAUGCUAAUCGGAUUUUCUCUCCGGAUCAAUAAGUUGUUGUUAACAGGAUUCCAGUGAUAUUUUACAGCCAUGUUCAUCUCAAUCAGCCCUUGAUGUAACGGCACUGGGUGAAUGUAACAGAAUAACCUCCCUGGGCAGAGAAUUACCUACCUUCAUACUGUGGGUGUGCCAGGUGGUGUCCGAGCUCUGUGGGAUAAAUAACACUUAGAAUGUCGCCAUAAUCACACACCUAUUCCUCCAUACAUUUCUGGGCAGGGGGACGUGACACUAGGGGCCUCAAGCAUUACAGAGCUUGUCGCCUCUACAAAUCUAACACAACCAAUACAGUACCAGGCCAGGUUGGCGUCUUCUUUCCCAGCAAACCCAUAGCUGUCCAACGGCAGCAGGGCGCAGUCAGUCUGCCACCCGUCCCUGCUGUUACUAAUAUAAACUAAAGUGCUUCCCAGAAUCUGACUUAUUGGUGUCCUGCCACGGAAAUAUAGGAUAAACGUUCACUACAAUGAACCAACGGAUAUUUUUCUUUUUUUAGAUGCUCUAUUUAUUUUUAUAUUUCAAGGGAACCUUUAGGCACCAUAACAACUUAAUCAGGAUAGAGUUAUUUUAGUGCCAGGAGGUCCUUGGCUUUGAUUUGCUAAUAUCAAUUUAUAGAACUAAAAUGGAAUUUAGAAGAACAAUCUAUCUUAUUUACACAGAUUGAUUUGUAAACAAUUAUUUUAGUUUAAAGACACAUUACUGGGAGUAUUAUUACUGUGGAUCUCUGUUAUACACUCAGACACAUUACUGGGAGUAUUAUUGCUGUGGAGCUCUGUUAUACAUAGACACAUUACUGGGAGUAUUGUUGCUGUGGAGCUCUGUUAUACACUCAGACACAUUACUGGGAGUAUUAUUGCUGUGGAGCUCUGUUAUACACUCAGACACAUUACUGGGAGUAUUAUUGCUGUGGAGCUCUGUCAUACACUCAGACACAUUACUGGGAGUAUUAUUGCUGUGGAGCUCUGUUAUACACUCAGACACAUUACUGGGAGUAUUAUUGCUGUGGAGCUCUGUUAUACACUUCAGACACAUUACUGGGAGUAUUAUUGCUGUGGAGCUCUGUUAUACACUUGGUCACAUUACUGGGAGUAUUAUUGCUGUGGAGCUCUGUUAUACACUCAGACACAUUACUGGGAGUAUUAUUGCUGUGGAGCUCUGUUAUACACUCAGACACAUUACUGGGAGUAUUAUUGCUGUGGAGCUCUGUUAUACACUCAGACACAUUACUGGGAGUAUUAUUGCUGUGGAGCUCUGUUAUACACUCAGACACAUUACUGGGAGUAUUAUUGCUGUGGAGCUCUGUUAUACACUUGUCACAUUACUGGGAGUAUUAUUGCUGUGGAGCUCUGUUAUACACUCAGACACAUUGCUGGGAGUAUUAUUACUGUGGAGCUCUGUUAUACACUCAGACACAUUACUGGGAGUAUUAUUGCUGUGGAGCUCUGUUAUACACUCAGACACAUUACUGGGAGUAUUAUUGCUGUGGAGCUCUGUUAUACACUCAGACACAUUACUGGGAGUAUUAUUGCUGUGGAGCUCUGUUAUACACUCAGACACAUUACUGGGAGUAUUAUUGCUGUGGAGCUCUGUUAUACACUCAGACACAUUACUGGGAGUAUUAUUGCUGUGGAGCUCUGUUAUACACUUGGUCACAUUACUGGGAGUAUUAUUGCUGUGGAGCUCUGUUAUACACUAAGACACAUUACUGGGAGUAUUAUUGCUGUGGAGCUCUGUUAUACACUCAGACACAUUACUGGGAGUAUUAUUGCUGUGGAGCUCUGUUGAACUUUAUUACUAGAAUCUUGUGCUGUGAACUCUGUCAUACCUCAGACAUUACUGUGUUACUGUGGAACUCUGUUGCUUACAUAGGAACACAUUACUGGGAGUAUUGUUAUGUGGGCUCUGUUAUACACUCGAACUUAUACAUUACUGGGAGUAUUAUUGCUGUGGGCUCUGUUGUACAGUCAGACACAUCACUGGGAGUAUUAUUGCUGUGGAGCUCUGUUAUACACUCAGACACAUUACUGGGAGUAUUAUUACUGUGGAGCUCUGUUAUACACUCAGACACAUUACUGGGGUAUUAUUACUGUGGAGCUCUGUUAUACACUCAGACACAUUACUGGGAGUAUUAUUGAUUGGCUGGUCCUGUUACCUUUCGGUCACAUUACUGGGAGUAUUAUUGCUGUGGAGCUCUGUUAUACACUAAGACACAUUACUGGGAGUAUUAUUGCUGUGGACUCUGUUAUACACUCAGACACAUUACUGGGAGUAUUAUUGCUGUGGACUCUGUUAUACACUCAGACACAUUACUGGGAGUAUUAUUGCUGUGGACUCUGUUAUACACUCAGACACAUUACUGGGAGUAUUGCUGUGCGUUAUACUCGGACACAUUACUGGGGUAUUAUUGCUGUGGACUCUGUUAUACAGUCAGACACAUUCUGGGAGUAUUAUUACUGUGGAACUCUGUUACUACCUCUUGAAUUUACAUUAGGGAGUGUUAUUGCUGUGGGCUCUGAUGCACUCAGACAUUACUGGAAUUGUGUGCUGUGGGCUCUGUUAUACACUCGAAUUUGUGCAGGGUAUUAUUACUGUGGGGCUCUGAUUGUUAUACACUCAGACACAUUACUGGGAGUAUUAUUGCUGUGGAGCUCUGUUAUACACUCAGACACAUUACUGGGAGUAUUAUUACUGUGGAGCUCUGUUAUACACUCAGACACACCAACAAUAUGGAUCUCCUAGAAAAGAGGGACAUUAGGAGAGACAAGAGGGACAGAAGGGAUUUGGGUCCAAAAUAUGGACUGUCCUUGCUAAAUAGGGACACUUGGGAAGUAUGUCUCUACACAAUAUGUAUGUGUUUGAUAUAAGGGAUAAGUAAAGAUAAUAUGAAACCCUGGAAAGUAUCAGUUUUCCUUUAAGUGCUAGGACUGUAACAAUUAAUCCAUUUGUAAUCAAUGUGUGUAUUGGGACUUUGCUGUUAAUUAGAGAAGGGAAGUACUGUACUGAAAAGAGACAUUUCUUUGCAGACUCAGAGGAUUAAGUGACACCUCCCUAGACAGGUAAUCUGGUCCAUUAAAACGGAUCACAAAGAGUUAGACGGGAGAAGCAAGGUACAAGGAGACAGAUUAAGGGACAGACAGAAGCCCAGAUGGCAUUUGAUACAUUGCAUCAGUGGCUGACUCAGUCCUGGAUUCUGGAGGACAGAGUUUCCAUGGUAACAGCCCGACACACAGGAGCCAGCUGGGAGAUAGGGGUUUAAUUGGAUUAAAUGAUAGGGGUGUUCAUUGCACAGAGCACAUACCUGCACCCAGCCUCCCCCAAAUCUGGCACGAGACCAGAUAUAGCGUGUGUACAGCCAGCUGGGAAUAAAACUGCUGAUUGUCUGAAAUUUCAAGUGAAUUUCAAAUCUUUUCCCAAAAUAUCCUUAUGGAAAAUAUAUCUCACUUUAUCCACAAUUCACCGUUUACCGAAUAACCCCGUCCGUGUUUACAGGAUCUUUGCCAACUCACUAAAAUGAGAUUUGUCUGGAAUUCAAAGUGAAUUUCAAAUUACAAUAUUUUAUAUUCACUGCACGAAUAAAGUAUCUGAUUCCGCCUCUUUUCAAAAAAGAACAAUGUGGUGAUAAUACUGUCUCUUUAAAAUAUAACUUUUAUUGUAAUUUAUUGAAAAACUAUUCGAAUUUAUAUACACGUAUAAAUAACAAUAAGCUGAUCUGUGUAUAUAAAUUCAAAUUGGUUUAUAAUAAAAGUUAUAUCACCGCAUCAUUCUUAUAUCCUCGAUUUAAGGGCUCGAACCCCUUGACCAUGUGGUUGGCCUCUUUAAAUUGUCACAUAUUUAGUGUUAGACAAGAAAUCGCACGCUUCUUUUCAAACUUUGCAUUUCACUUUUAUCAUUUCAUUGACUGAUCGCCUGUAUGGCCCCCUAACGCAGGGCAGUCCACACUUAUACAGCUAAGCGCAAGUGCGUUUUAUGAUGUGCUUGCGCAGAGCUGACACCCAGGAACUAACAUAUGAUGGCGACACAGAAUCUCGAAUUCGGGAUUGGGUCACUGAACCCCGGACAGUUGGGAGAUAAUUUGUCUCUCUCCAGAUAUCUGAGUAUGAAAUUUCCCGUGCCUUGUUGAUUUCCCGAAAUGUUAAAUCAUUGUUUAUUUUAAAGCGUUAAAUGAUGGGAAGGAUAUUUAAAGGAUUAAAGGGUCAAUCUAAGCACCAUAACAACUUUGCGACAAGAUGAGAGCCUCCCGAUUGGUGGAGUCUCUUACUGGCCUUAUGCAGUAUUAGGAUAUUAACGUUUUAUUCUUUAAUUAUCAGUUAUUUUAUUUUUAAUGGAUUGUGUAUAACAGUGAGUGUAGUGAGAUUCGAUGUUCUACGGGUUGCCUAUUAUAUUCUAUUUAGUUAUUCUUCAUUAGACAGGGCUGUCCUACAUUACAAUAAUGAAAUGAAGUCUGUCUGGGAUUAUAUAUCCGGAGCAGCACUCCCUGCUGUCAGCGUUGGCACGCUCUGAUGGCCUUUGAUAGAGACUCAGCAUAUGGCAGGUGAGAAGUCUUUAAGGUGCAGCAACCUGGAGAGGAGUACCCCGAAACCCCCUCCUAGACACCGAUCAAAUACACUCUGCUUCACAAAUUGCCAUCUCUUUCAUUACAAUGAAAUUAUAUCCAAGGAGAACUAUAACAGGGCUUAAAGGGACACUGUAGUCACUAUAACUAUUUUUCUGUCCCUCCAUUCGGUGUUAAAACUUUUUAAUUUCAUUGAAGUGGUUAUAGUGCCUGAAGUCCCCUGGCGCUGUCCCUCCAUUCAGUGUUAAACCAUUCCAUCUCAUUAAAGUGGUUAUAGUGCCUGGAGUCCCCUGGCGCUGUCUCUCCAUUGAAGUGGUUAUAGUGCCAGGAGGCCCCUGGCGCUGUCCCUCCAUUGAGUGGUUAUAGUGCCAGGAGUCCCUUGGCGCUGUCUCUCCAUUGAAGUGGUUAUAGUGCCAGGAGGCCCUUGCGCUGUCCCUCCAUUCAGUGUUAAACCAUUCCAUUUCAUUGAAGUGGUUAUAGUGCCUGGAGUCCCCUGGCGCUGUCCCUCCAUUGAGUGGUUAUAGUGCCAGGAGGCCCUUGCGCUGUCCCUCCAUUCAGUGUUAAACCAUUCCAUUUCAUUGAAGUGGUUAUAGUGCCUGGAGUCCCUUGGCGCUGUCUCUCCAUUGAAGUGGUUAUAGUGAGAGGAGGCCAUUGCGCUGUCCUUCCAUUCAGUGUUAAACCAUUCCAUUUCAUUGAAGUGGUUAUUGUGCCUGGAGUCCCCUGGCGCAGUCCCUCCAUUGAGUGGUUAUAGUGCCAGGAGGCCCUUGCGUUGUCCCUCCAUUCAGUGUUAAACCAUUCCAUUUCAUUGAAGUGGUUAUAGUGCCUGGAGGCCAUUGCACUGUCCUUCCAUUCAGUGUUAAACCAUUCCAUUUCAUUGAAGUGGUUAUUGUGCCUGGAGUCCCCUGGCGCUGUCCCUCCAUUGAGUGGUUAUAGUGCCAGGAGGCCCUUGCGCUAUCCUUCCAUUCAGUGUUAAACCAUUCCAUUUCAUUGAAGUGGUUAUAGUGCCUGGAGUCCCCUGGCGCUGUCCCUCCAUUCAGUGUUAAACCAUUCCAUUUCAUUGAAGUGGUUAUAGUGCCUGGAGUCCCCUGGCGCUGUCCCUCCAUUGAGUGGUUAUAGUGCCAGGAGGCCUUUGCGCUGUCCCUCCAUUCAGUGUUAAACCAUUCCAUUUCAUUGAAGUGGUUAUAGUGCCUGGAGUCCCUUGGCGCUGUCUCUCCAUUGAAGUGGUUAUAGUACCAGGAGGCCCUUGCGCUGUCCUUCCAUUCAGUGUUAAACCAUUCCAUUUCAUUGAAGUGGUUAUAGUGCCUGGAGUCCCCUGGCGCUGUCCCUCCAUUGAGUGGUUAUAGUGCCAGGAGGCCCUUGCGCUGUCCCUCCAUUCAGUGUUAAACCAUUCCAUUUCAUUGAAGUGGUUAUAGUGCCUGGAGUCCCCUGGCGCUGUCCUUACAUUGAGUGGUUAUAGUGCCAGGAGGCCCUUGUGCUGUCCCUCCAUUCAGUGUUAAACCACUCCAUUUCAUUGAAGUGGUUAUAGUGCCUGGAGUCCCCUGGCGCUGUCCCUCCAUUCAGUGUUAAACCAUUCCAUUUCAUUGAAGUGGUUAUAGUGCCUGGAGUCCCCUGGCGCUGUCUCUCCAUUGAAGUGGUUAUAGUGCCAGGAGGCCCUUGCGCUGUCCUUCCAUUCAGUGUUAAACCAUUCCAUUUCAUUGAAGUGGUUAUAGUACCUGAAGUCCCCUGGCGCUGUCCCUCCAUUGAGUGGUUAUAGUGCCAGGAGGCCCUUGCACUGUCCCUCCAUUCAGUGUUAAACCAUUCCAUUUCAUUGAAGUGGUUAUAGUGCCUGGAGUCCCUUGGCGCUGUCUCUCCAUUGAAGUGGUUAUAGUGCCAGGAGGCCAUUGCGCUGUCCUUCCAUUCAGUGUUAAACCAUUCCAUUUCAUUGAAGUGGUUAUAGUGCCUGGAGUCCCCUGGCGCUGUCCCUCCAUUGAGUGGUUAUAGAGCCAGGAGGCCCUUGCGCUGUCCCUCCAUUCAGUGUUAAACCAUUCCAUUUCAUUGAAGUGGUUAUAGUGCCUGGAGUCCCUUGGCGCUGUCUCUCCAUUGAAGUGGUUAUAGUGCCAGGAGGCCCUUGCGCUGUCCUUCCAUUCAGUGUUAAACCAUUCCAUUUCAUUGAAGUGGUUAUAGUGCCUGGAGUCCCCUGGCGCUGUCCCUCCAUUGAGUGGUUAUAGUGCCAGGAGGCCCUUGCGCUGUCCCUCCAUUCAGUGUUAAACCAUUCCAUUUCAUUGAAGUGGUUAUAGUGCCUGGAGUCCCUUGGUGCUGUCCCUCCAUUGAGUGGUUAUAGUGCCAGGAGGCCCUUGCGCUGUCCCUCCAUUCAGUGUUAAACCAUUCCAUUUCAUUGAAGUGGUUAUAGUGCCUGGAGUCCCCUGGCGCUGUCCCUCCAUUCAGUGUUAAACCAUUCCAUUUCAUUGAAGUGGUUAUAGUACCUGGAUUCCCCUGGCGCUGUCCCUCCAUUGAGUGGUUAUAGUGCCAGGAGGCCCUUGCGCUGUCCCUCCAUUCAGUGUUAAACCAUUCCAUUUCAUUUAAGUGGUUAUAGUGCCUGGAGUCCCCUGGCGCUGUCCGUCCAUUGAGUGGUUAUAGUGCCAGGAGGCCCUUGCGCUGUCCUUACAUUCAGUGUUAAACCAUUACAUCAAAUGGAAGUGGUUAUAGUUCCUGAAUGAGAGUACCUGGCUUCCAUAGCUCUGCCCACACUGGAGGUGUGGGUAUGGCAGAGAUUACACACUUCCUUCUAGCCAUACCAAUUCAUACCAGCAAUGGGCGCUGUAAUAGGCUGAAAGCGGUCAGCUGACACUCAGCCAAUCACAGCUACCCAUCUUUCCUUAUUAAUCCAAGACGCACAGAGGGGGAGCUGCUGGGGACUCUUGUUUAGCGUUGAAAAACAUUAAAAGCAGUUUAACUGUGAAUGGAGGGAUGGCACCAGAGGAAUCCAAACAGUAUAACCACUUCUAUUAGAUGAAAGAGUUAAAGUGUCUCCAGUGAGCUCUCACCGCUAAGGGCCCACAUUGAGUGCUUUAUACACAGCUAUGUGGAUGCACCCCUUCCAUGUCAUUACAUGGACUCUUAGAUAAGGCUGACCCUAAUUCAUUAUAUUUGUACAUUUAUUAGCAUUUAACUUUAAACCGUUUACAUUUUGCAUUUUAUUUUUCUUUGCAAAAAGCAGCAGAGUUGAAAUCUAAUUUCUCUGAAAGCACAUAUUUAAUUAGCUAUGUGAUUAUUGAAUUAUCCUCACCUCCUACCACUCCCUCUGCAAUUACUGUGCACUGCGAAGCAGGUCCAACCACGGGUAUACUGUCAUUAUAGGACCGCUACCCCUCAGAUCUGAUAUCUGUUCGAUCAAGAUAUGACGGUCUGCUAAAAUCGAGAUCCAUGCUCCCUGCAGCGCAGAGAUUAUAUUUUAUUUAUUUUAAUCAAGAUGACAAUCACAUACAUUACAUGAUUUAUGGUAAGAAUAAUAUUUGGUUUUGCUGUGAUAACAUAUUUAGGACCAUAUUUUGUUCUGUAAGAGCUGCAAUAUAAAUGUUAUUAAAACAUGGGAAGAUUGCAGCUGAGCACGUACCAAUCGCUGGGUCCAUCAGAUAAUAACCCGAUCUAUUCAUUGGAAUUUGCCUGACAGAGACAGUGACAUUUCUAACCCAGCUUAAUGAUUGGUGUUGAGUUAAAUUCCCGACUUUGUUCCAGAUCAGAAGCUGGAUAAUGCCACCUGUGGACUCCAGGAGAACGUUGCCAUUGUCUGUGAGCCCGUCCCAGUCGUGGUAACAUUACAGAGUCCGUCUGUUGGGGUUGGCAUUCUAUCUGGGACAGCGUUGGCAUUUAUGAGAGGUUCAGGAAUUCAGCCUCUGCAAUCUACCCACAUGUCCUCGCAGAGACCUCUCAAUAAUAUCCGGCUUCUUUCUUCGUUAUCAAAACCCUUUGCCAAAAUGUGGGAGUGCCUCGCUUGUCGCUCUCAUCGCCAAACUGAAUUUGUAAACGAAAGAGGGACUUAAAAUUUUUUUCAAAAUGGAAAUCCCUCUUUGAACAGUGAUCUACUUCUCCUAAUGGUGGAAGAGAGAGAUUUUACACUGAUGAUAAGUUGAUGAGUGCGUUAGUCCUCACAGUGUUACUAAUUCCACAAUUAACACAUCAAUACCACACGUCAUCAAGCAACGUUCGAUGCGUUGAGCUGAAAACCCGGUUAGUAUUCAAACCACAAAGAUUUAAUUUAUGCAGAAAUUAUAAACUUAUUGUAUGAGUCGCUCAAUGACCUUUUGAUGCCAAUAGGAGGUGGCUCCCAGUCCACGGUCUUUGUGAUUUCCCCCCCCCCCCAUAUAAAUGGGAGAUUGCCAGAACCACACACCAGGAACUUUAUUUUUGAAGUAUAAACUUAUCAAGGCAAGGUUUUUUUUAACCCAGAUUUACCUAGUUCUUUUUACUGCAAUAUAAAUAAUUAGCCCAUUUUAAAAUAUUAAUGAAAAUACUGAGAUUUUUCUCCUUUUAUUGUCACAAUUUUGAAAAAGUAACCAUAUGCUCAUACGAAUCCCACCUACUUCAAAAUCUUGGAACGGAUGCUUUGCCCGUAUCAUGUCUUUUACUGUCCGUCAGGGUUAUUCAAUAAAGUGAGAAUUCAAAAUGACUUUUAAAUUUAAGGUGAAAAUUGCCCGACUGGAGAACCUCUAUACGUCAGCUGGGCUUUCUAAUAUAUCAAAUUCAUAUUGAAUUCCCACUAUAGUAAUAACUCUGUAUGUGUAUGACAGAGAGCGCUAACUAUUAUUAUACUGAUAUUAAAUUAUUAAAUGUGACAAACCAUUACACAGUUUGACAGGAAUGAUAGGUUGAUGAGUACACAGCUCGUAAGAGCUUACAAUCUAGAGCUGUUUGGGUGUAAACACACAGGGCAGAGUGGGGGAUCGGAACCAAGUGACAGGGUGGGAAAGUAACUCUACGGGUUUAGAACAUUUCGGAAACCAAGCAAACCUUUUCAGGAAACGUGUUUCGUUUUUCUUUUUAAUCAUUUGUAUAGCGCCAACCUAUUCCGCAGCGUUUUUUAAUUGUAGAAUUGUGAAUUUAGAGGUGAAGGAGACCCUGCUUUUACAAAGCUAGUGAAGAGAUGUAUUUAUUUAUUUCAAAAUAAAACUCUAAAAAAGUUGGGUGAAGACUCUCGAUUUCUUAGUUACGAUAACCAGAAUUGGGGCUGUGUCCUGGCCCAGAGAACGUUCUAUUUGAAGGAUUCUUGCUGAUCAGUAUGUGUCGCGGCUAAGUCUGUUUACAUCACUGUUUGACCUUUUAAUUUUAUUAUAGAGGAUGAUCUGUGAGAUUUCAGCUCAGCUAAACAGGAUUGAGUGUGAGUCUCCGCUCCUGAUGUGUUUGAAAUCUCUCUUCUUACAGAUGGUGGUUCUUAUGGACCCGAUGGAGGACCCCGAUGACAUCCUGAGAGCCAAUCGUUCCCGAGAGAAGUCCUAUGUGUUCGAUGUGGCGUUUGAUUACACUGCGACGCAGGUACAAUGCUAUUAUGGGAGGUUUUAAACCUCCAACAUAUUCCUCGUUGUUAUACAAUGGGUAAAUAAAACCGUUAAAAAAACAAUGACAAGCACGAUAAACGAGAGGUGGGGGAACACUGCGGAAACCUUUAUAACCCUCCGUCUGGAAUUGAUAGAACAGGUAUCCAGGUUUACAUCACUGAAUCCGGGAAAAUACCCCAAUAUCACUACAGGCUCCCACGUGUUUGGGGCAAAAAGUAGGGUUUCUGUUUUCUAUAAUUAUUUUGUUCUCUAAGCCCACCUGUUCUGCCCUAACCCCCGCCCCCCACCUUGCUGUGUUUCCAUUUUGUCUCCAAUAAUAACAAUGCUGCACGUGAUGUCAUGAAUCCGCACUGAUACCUCCAGCACCUUGCUCCCCCCUAAAUCACUGCUUAAAUGAGCAGCUUAACUGGGUGAGGAAUCAUUUCCUCAUUUAGUAAAAAAUGCCCACUGCUGAAGCGGCAAAAACUGGAGAUUUUCAUCAAAUUCAGGAAACAUCAAAUAUAUCCAUUCUUUUUAUUUUAAAUUCAUUGUUUUUGCAUACAGUAUAGAUUCUAGAGGAUUACAGUAGAUUCUAAUGGUUUAGUGCAUUAAUAUUAGAAUUGCUAUUAAUAAACUGCUAUAAAUACCCUGACGAUCUGUGAAUUUUAUUUAUAAAUCAAUCAAUAAAUAAUUUGCAGUGUACAAAAUAUUUAAAGGGACACCCCACUACCCAAAUAAAAAUACUGUUUAGAAGAUAUACUCAAAUAGAAACUUGCAUGCAUUUAAUUAUGUAUUUUUUCACUCAGUGUAUAUUUAAAAACCGCAUGCAGAAGCUUCAGAUCUCUUGUCUGCAGCAUUUGCAAUCUCUCCCCUUCUAACCCCGCCCAGACUUUCUGUGUCUGUCCAAUCACAGACUUCCCAAUGCAGCUCAAUGACACGUCUUUACAAGGCAGGUGCUCUGGGCAAUUGCUGCCUCUUUAAUUUAUCUACAGUGAGAUUAGCUAACCAGGAAGUAACAGGAGCAGGUGUCUGGGGAGUGUAACCAGGUUAAUUUAUAAACAUGCCAAUUUCCAGUGAAAUUUGUACUUUAGUAAAAUACAAAAAGGGAACAUACUCGUAAAACAUACAGCUAUUCAGCAAGCGAAACUGCUUUAUUGGUCUGGAGUGUCCCUUUAAAUUGUCAUGUGAAUAAAGUCAUGACUACGAAAAUGUUGCCAGUCUUAUAAAAUCUGGUGAAAGGGAUAAUGCAGGUAUGCUCUGAUAAAAAGCUGCACAGAAUGACCCAACGUCUAAAUAAAAGGAAAUAUAUAAAUAAUUAAACAAGUUCCAAAUUCUAGAACUCCCUUAAAGGGUUACGCCAACCACCAUAACCAGUUCUGCUUUUUGAAGUUGUGAUGGUGGUAGGAGUCAGAUUCAUUACCACUCGUGUGCUGGGGACAGGUUAUCCCCUCCCCCGCCCCCCCUAGCACAUGUGACUUAGGUGUCCUGAAACUCUUAUAUGUUCUGCACUGCCUACUGUCAGUACGGUGCCAUAAAAUACGCCUAUCGGCAGCGUGCACGUAACUGCUUAUUCCUUGCAGACAGAGCCUGCAAUUUUUUUUAAAGUACCCGCCCUCCCCACGUUAUCUCACUUUCCCCCUCCAUUUCCCGGCUCAUAGGAUGUGCAUGCGCCAUUAGCCAGUUAUAUGGUCCAAUGAAAGGCUUUGUCCUGUAGAAUGUAAGCUCGAUUGAGCAGGGUCCUCUUCAACCUAUUGUUCCUGUAAGUUUAUUUGUAAUUGUCCUAUUUAUAGUUAAAUCCCCUCUCAUAAUAUUGUAAAGCGCUACGGAAUCUGUUGGCGCUAUAUAAAUGGCAAUAAUAAUAAUAAUAAUAAUUUUAGCCUCAACGCGGCUCCCAUGAUGUCAGACAGGCUCUGGGUUAAGGUAAGUAAACUUAAUUAGAAAAGCACGUUGAGCGUUUUUGUAAUUGGGAACUGAUAGAAUAUUGCCAAUAUGGCAUUAUUCUAUCAUCAGUGGGGAAGGGCUGGAGAAACCCUUUAAUACAGUGUGUCAUUUAAUUAACACUCCGUACAGUUACAAUCCAUAAUAUGUCUGUUUGCAUGUUCUGUCCGUGUUCUACUCCGCGUAGCGUGCUCAAUACUGAGACAUAAUACAGAGUGCUCAGCUGCUAUAUACGCGUCUCCUGGGUGGCAGCAACAUGAAAGCACAAUAUUUUCCAGGAAUCUGUGUCUCUGAUGAUCACUCCCUGGUGCAGUCCUCGCUAAUUAUAUUUAACACUUUGGUGGCAAAGUAGAAACUUAAAGAAAUUAGCGUUUAUUACGAGGCAGCGCCCGGGUGAUAGUGGGUCAAAAUGUAGCUUUAAAAAAAAUGAGUGAAUUAAUAUUAAUUGGAUUUGCCGACGUGAGUGUCAAUUUAAUAUUGUUGGGUACGCUUUUCAAAUGAUUUAAUAUUUUCGGGAAAACCUUUAAAAUGAUUUCCUCAAAAUAUUACAAAAAAUUUAUUUUUUUCAUAAUAUGAAAUAAUUUCAUAAUAAGUUUAUCCAAAAACCUAAAUCAUUUGGAAAUCUUACCCAGCAAUAUAAGAUGGAGGCCUCGGAUGGAGGAUUAGGGGUGACUAUAGUUUGUCUGCAUACAGAGAGUUAAUUGGAGCCAUAUGAGUUCGAGUUUGCAAAGAGUUGGGCUCCGAAGGCCGAGUCCUGAGGGAACAGAGUUGCAAGUUGCAAUGAGGUUUCACCUAGGAAUGAGACACAACAGAUGUGGUUCGAUAUUGUUAAACAAAGAGAUCGCUGUAAUUCAGGGUCCCUGUAAAGGGGGUCGUAGAGAGAGGUGUGUUGUAAACGGUAUCACGGGUGGUGGAAGCGUUGGUUCAUGGUAGAAUACUGGAACCGUGAGAUGUUGAGCUUUUGGUAAGAGGAAUCACUAGCCAGUGAUAUUUGUAUUGAAGGCGUGGAAUGGAAUCAGAUUAUCUGAAGAUCCAACAUGGUCCGUUCACGGUGAUAGAAUCACUGGGAGAUGAAGCAAUCUUGGUGUGAGGACCUAGACGAGUAGUUUUUAUUUUUUUUAUUCUUUAAGUUUGGCAUUUAAAUACAUUACAAGAUUUUUUCCAAAUAAGAUUAGAAUACACAGAAUAUUUAUGUAGAAAGGUAAAACGGUUAAGAAAAAACAAGAUGAAUGAUAAGAGACAAUGGUUUUGUGUACCUAUGGCGGCGGUUAUGGACCUCAAAUACCACAACGCCUAGCCAGUUAAUCUGUUCACAGUAUUUAGGAUUCCCAAUCUUUAGCGGCUCCAUUGGCUACUAUUCGCUGGCUGAGCAUUAUGAGAGUUACAAAUCUUGCUUUUUACAGUAAAUCCUGCUGAGCUGUCAGCCUGAGCUCCCAGAGAGCUGUAACAGGAAACAUAUAUUAAGAUAGAUUAGAGGUAUUCUUACAUAAAGAAGCGGUUUCUAUUAACCAUUUACUGCCUUCCAUGGAACCAUAAGGAAUCUGAAUGACUUUGUGUCGAGAGAUAUUAUGUCCAAUCGCCCGAUACAAACACCCGAGCAAUGCAGAAAGGCUUCCGAUAUAUAAUAAAUGGUAGAAUUAAUGUGAUGGUGGGUUCACAUGUGACAGAUCUGCCCUAAUCGGUUUCAGUUAAUAAAUUGAAUAACUGCGUGUUCCGUGCCCGCUCUGAUUUUCCCUGUCCUGACUAAUGUUUCCACCUUGGCUCUCAGAUUGCGGAUCUCGUUGCUGUUUGUUUUAGUUUAUUCUAAGCUUCACUCUCACUUUCCGUCUGUCUUUGUGAGGCCAUCUUUGCCCUUGGCUGAGACCCUGUGAGCUCAGAAAGUGGAGCGAGUAACACACGGCAGAUAAAGUUACCUCCUCGGAGAGAUCGCAUUGCGUCUUUGUGCUCUGGAUCCUGUUACCCCUUUACUUGUAUUAACCUGCUGGACUCUGCCUCUCCUGUGUCGGCCUUAUUGCCCCGUCACUGGGGAAUGGUGCUCACAAGAACUGGUUAGAUGAGAAUUAUAUGAACCCUGUUAUUCUUCCAGGAACUGGCAGAAUGAAUAGAAAUUCUCUCUCCUUUUAUAGCUAUCUGCACACAGAGUCAGAAAGACAUCACAGCAGGAGAGUCCUGCUCGGGUGAAUGAAAAGACCUGACAAUGCGUGACUCUGGCUUUCAAUGGAUUACAAUAAACUGCAUUCUAUAAUGUCAAUCCCUGCGUGAAAAAAACGUUCCUCUCGCAGACAGAGAAUACACUUGGCUGCAGAUCUUUAAAAACACGAUUCCAUGAAAUAUGGAUUUCAUUUAAAAGCCCAAACUCUGUAACAUAUAUAGGCCAAAAAAUACAAUACACGUGGGAUUCAGCUAGUAAACAGGAUUUUGAAGUUAUAUGUGCUCUAAUGGACCUUCCCCGAUGUUUUGGGGGGUUAAUAUCUCCCUCUUAGGUUCAGGUAUAUCACCCAAUAUCAGGAACCAUGCAGGACUCCGACAGGUAGAUAAGUUGAAAAGAGGUUUAUUGGUAAUAUGUAUAAAAAGGCAAUAUAAGAAAAUCUGGUCUUACGCGUUUCGUCCUCUUAUGGGACUUCCUCAGAGAUCAAUAUUCAAUAAAAACAAUUAUAUCAAUAAUGCUCCCCAAAAUGCAGCCUGUUUAUUGAUAAGUAUAUGUUUUUAUUUUUCUUCUUUUGUUGUACUAUAUCUGUUACAUACAAAUAGUGUGUGAGCCAACGUUUCCUACUAAUGUAAUAAUGGAAUCAUGUACCUUCCUGUCAUCCCGUUAAAUAAAGUGUAUAAACCUGGUUUACCUUUCCUUGCUGGAUUAAAUAAAUGGAAUGUCCAUCAGUUUGUGGUGUGAUUAGAACUGCUUUGAACAAUGAAAACUUUGAUAAUUUAACCCAAAUUCAUUUUUAAAUAAAAGUUAAUGUCUGUUGGACGUAUUUUAACCACUUGUGUUCAGGUUUCACACUAAUAACUCCAGAUGUUUCAAACUUGCAGGAAACUGUGUAUCGACUCACCACCAAAGGCCUAAUCGAAGGCGUCAUCUCCGGAUACAAUGCCACCGUAUUCGCCUAUGGUCCUACAGGUGAGAAGAUAGGAAAAUAUAUUAUUACUCCUCUUCCGGCUCGCCUGGCCAUUGGGGAAAAUGGGCAAAUGCUUUGUGUGCCAUGAUCAUCUCAAUGUGAGGCUGGCUAUGGAGAUCAGUGGUCCUGUCUGAUCUUACUUCUAUCUCUGGUGCUCACCAAGUCCCUAGGACAUCCUGGUACAGCCUGAAGGGUUUUGUGUUAGAAGCAGGGACAGCCACUGAUAGAGAGAGACCACCAGCCACUGUUAGAGAGAGGCCACCUCCCACUGUUGGAGAAAGACCACCAGCCACUGAUAGAGAGAGACCACCAGCCGCUGUUAGACAGAGACCACCUAUCUCCCCGGUCUCGGAAUUUAAUGAGAGUGUUCUGAAUAUUUUUAAAGCCUGGACAUCGUACCGGGUGAUAUCAGUGAUGUCAAUGCAGAGAAUGCUCCAGUUAGUGGCCCUGCCUUGUGGCAAUGUGUGUCCCAGCAGAAUGUAAAGCUGCACGGUAAGGUGGCCACAGUGGAUUGGCAGAGAGGGUGGUGGCAGCAAUAGAUUGGCAGAGAGGGUGGUGGUGCACUGGAUUGACAGAGAGGGUGGUGGUGCAGUGGAUUGGCAGAGAGGGUGGCAGAGCAGUGGAUUGGCAGAGAGGGUGGUGGCGCAGUGGAUUGGCAGAGAAGGUGGUGGCAGCAAUAGAUUGGCAGAAAGGGUGGUGGUGCAGUGGAUUGGCAGAGAGGGUGGUGGUAGCAAUAGAUUGGCAGAGAGAGUGGCUGCAGCAGUGGAUUUGCAGAGAGGGUGGUGGCACAGUGGAUUUGCAAAAAGAGUGGCGGCAGCAGUGGAUUGGCAGAGAGGGUGGUGGCAGCAAUGGAUUGGCAAAGAGGGUGGUGGCGCAGUGGAUUGGCACAGAGGGUGGUGGCCACUACAGCAGCCUCCUUUAAUUGACCAUGAGUGAGCCUUGAUGAUCUCUCAGCAUUUUACUGCCCAGGAAAUGGAAAUGUAUGUGUGACUGGCAAGAAGAUAUGAAUGUCCAGAGUACGUACUGGUUAAAUUUGAAUUUAGAAUUCAGUUUUAAUUAUUUAUAUUAAAGAAAAAAAUGCAAAAUUAUCGGCAAGUUUGGAUUGAUUUUAAACUGGUUUAAAUUGAGGGUCUCUGUAUGAUGUUUUCUCACCUUCUUGUCUUUUCGCAGGGUGCGGGAAGACGUACACCAUGCUGGGAACAGACAGAGAGCCUGGAAUAUAUAUACGGACCCUUAAUGACCUCUUCAAAGCCAUUGAAGAGACAAGUGACGACAUGGAGUAUGAGGUUUCUAUGUGUUAUAUGGAGGUAAGACCCGUGUGAGGUCAAUAUUUUAAUUCGCCAUGGCAACCCAAAACAAAAUGGUCACCAAGCCUCAUGGUCUCACCGGAGGUGGAUCGGCUGCUGAGAAGAGGUGGUCUCAAACCUGGAUUGCAGGUAAAUAGCGGGUUAUUUAAUAACAGGGGGGCAUGCUGAAAUCUAAACAGCCCAACUAACACUAGGGUCCAACAAUUACAGACUGCGCCCCCCUUACCCCACCAUAUUGUUUCUUUAAACUCCACUCAGGAAAAGAGAAGAAGAAUGCUGUUGUAGAACAACGUGUACGAUGCAGAAUUUAGUCUUCGGUUUUCCAACUGUUUAAACCACAGACAUAAUCCGACAGGUUAAGUUUUAUCUCAAAGGGACAUGAAGAGGAAAUGUGUGUCAACAAGCCUGUAUCCGCCACACACUAGCAACAGAGAGUUUGCAUGAUGUCCACACACUGAUAACACGAUACAGCUUCUGGGUUUUAUGAAAGAACAUUGUGUGCACUCGGGAUCAGAUUAACUUGAUAAACACAGAUUUCCAUAGUUUGUAAACCUCCUUACAUCUCAUCUGCUUGCUUUCCGCACAGAACCCUGAUAGCGGUUAUGACUUGUCUAGCGCCGUCCUUUGUGCAGAGAAGAUAAUUCCCAUAGUGAUGGAUAAGAGGCUCCGGAUGCAGUUUCCUUAAAUGGAUUUGGUGGCAACGGGCAGCUUUACGUUCUCUGCAAUAUUUACAUAAAGUGACAGGUGGUGAAACCAGGUAGUCAUACACAGAGCUGGGAACCGGGGAGAAAUCAAUGUCUGACAAAACAGGGGACACCAUCACCACAUUACUGGUCAUAUGGGAUAUGAAACGGUCCGAGUUAGUCUAGCACUGGAUGUGGUAUUAAUUAAAAUAUGACAUUACUGUGUAAAUAAAUGACGUGAACUUCCAAGGGAUUAUUUUUAAAUUUUGUAAAGUUUGACAAAGUGACGUAAUCAGCCGCCACGCUCCGACACAGCGCAGAAAGGACUUUUUUCCCUUUGCUGAGUCAGUUUUGUCUUCCUGCAGCUACGGGUACUUUGAACUUGAAGAUAUUUAUUUUAUUUAGAAUGUUUGCAUAUUUUCUUUUUUUUUUUUAUUCUUUAUUUUUGAUAUGCAGGUAGUUACAACAGUGCCUGUAUCGCCACAACGGCAUCAGCAGGCUCAAUUUUCAUGCACAUAAUAUAACAGUGUUGUGGCAUGUUGGAUUUGCAUAUAAUUUUUUUUUUUUUUUUUAUUCUUUAUUUAUGUUGACAAAGAUAGCAUAUACAGCUCGAGAGCAUUUCGUAGUUUGCAACAAUUAACACAUACAUUGUAUACAGGGUACGUCAUAUCUUCCAGAGCAUAGGCAUCCUGCCAUCGGUGGGGUGGUUUGUUUUAGCCAGUCCGCUGCCACUGCUCUCCUGGCUGCUAAAGUUAUGUUGUGUAUAAGUUUUUGUUCGUGUCUAGUCCACCCAUCUAUCGUUCUGCUGAGUAAGUAUACCCAUGGGUCUAGGGGGGGAGCCCUGUUCAGCACCUGGGCUAGCAGAUCUUUAAUUUGUUGCCAAAAACUUGCUAUCAGGGGGCAUUCCCACCACAUGUGAAUAUAUGUCCCUUUAAUUCCGCACCCUCUCCAACAUACGUCAGUAGUGCUCUUUUUCAUUUGAUACAGUUUUACAGGAGUCGUGAACCAGCGGAGCAUCGUCUUGAUCGCUUGCUCCUGGAACGCUACGCAAACAGAGGAUUUAUGGUUGGCUUCCCAAAUCUCCUGCCACUCUAUCCCUUCCAGCUGCUCCCCUAGAUCCCUCUCCCAAUGUUCCGUGUACGCCAACUCUCCCCCUUCGUUAGUUACUGAGCAGAGGUGGGCGUACAGCUGAGUUAUCAGGCCCCUAGGCAUAUGGUCCUGAAUGCAAAUUUGUUCGAAGAAUGUCAUGGGCUUUAGGGCCGCUGCUCGGACCCAUGUCAGUUUUGCAAAAUCUUUUAUUUGUAGGUACCUGAAAAAGUCUGCGGGAGUGAGAUGACCCCUUUGUUGUAAGGCGUCAAAUGUCACUACCUCCGCAUCCUGCACCAGCUGAUGUAUGCGCUGCAGACCUCUCUCUAGGUUCCUAAAGUUGCGCGCUGCCAUGCCCGGAGGGAAUGCUCUAUUUCGUAGGUACGGCAUCAGAGGUGAUGGGGCCGAUGCCAGCCCGUGUCGCUUUUGAGCUCUAUCCCAAAUAUGUAUAGAGUUUAGGAUAGCUGGGCAAGUCGAUCUAAUGUCUUGGCGACAUGAAUGGGCAGAGACUGGAAAUAAAAUAAUAUCCUGGGUAGGAUAUUCAUUUUGACCGCAUGAAUCCUCCCUAUCCAGGAGAUGGGUCUAUCGGUCCAGGUCUCUAGUUCCCUGAUAAGCUGUUUCAGAAGUGGCGUAUAGUUCUGUGAAUAAAGUUGGUCAGGGGCUGCUGUCAGUUUAAUGCCUAGAUAUUUGAUCGACUGGCGUUCAAUACGGAGAUGGUGUGCCCUUUGUAUAGCUGUCAAGUCCCCUAUCGGAAUCUCUAUGGGGAGGGCGCUGGAUUUGGUCAUGUUAGCUUUGUAUCCUGAAACAGCUCCAUAUGCCUCCAGGACACCCUGCAAGGCCCUCAUUGAGUUGACGGGAUCAGUGAGCGACAGGAGCACAUCAUCUGCGUAGGCCGACGCCAGGAAUUCCCUGCCUCCCACCCGAGCCCCCCAUAUGUCUGGGUGUCGUCUAAGGGCCUGGAGUAGGGGUUCCAGGGAAAGCACAAAUAGGAGCGGGGAGAGUGGGCACCCCUGUCUGGUGCCAUUGUAUAAUCUGAACGGUUGUAGUGGUUUGCAUAUUUUUAAGUGCAUUAUCUAUAUAACAAAAAAUGGAGAACCUUGAUCCAGUUUUACAAACUCUGGAAACCCGGAGGACGGGAUCCUUGUCCUCUUCUUUUCUCCAUGGAACCCUUACCCCCUCCUUUCUCUCCACCCCUCCCUCUCUUCCCUUUGAUACUUGUGUUUAAUAAUGAAAAUUAAUUGGAGUUUUCACAUUAUUCUCCAUGAUUAGAGUUCCCCCUUUAUGGCCUCUUUUCUGAUACCUCCUGAUUUAAUUUAUGUGACUUCCCUCUGUGUGUUUUUAUUGUUUAGUGUGUGCUUUCUUUUCAGUGAAAUUGUAAAUAAAUUAAUAAAAGAAUAUGGAAUAUUGGCGAUUUUCAUUUUAAAUAAAACUUUGUGUUGGAUUCUGUUAGUGACAGAAGUGAUCAUAUCUCUGACAAUUAAAUAACAAUUUACCUGUCAAUGCCAAUCAGGGAACCCAACUGAAGACGCUGGUUCAUCUCCCACUUCAAACUCAUUAUAACCCCCCAAGUUCCCCGUAGAGCAGCUUGUGUCAGCUUGUCACUCGUCUCUAACUGAAUGCCAGUUAGGUUUCUACACUGACAGCUAGAAUGUUUGAUAUAAUGAGUAAGUCCACCAUGCUAGACUACUUACUCUCACGUGGCCACUAGGGGGAAUGUCAGCUCGGUUUAAUAAAAACCUGUAGAUAUUUAAUUGUAACCGAGGACGUUGACUUACGAUAUAGCGAGGAAUUAUUCACUAGCUGCUAAAGGAUAGCUGGGGCCCUCAGGACACAAUAAAUUCAGUUUGCGCAUUUGUGAGAUGAUUCCCUAUUUAUUUCGGGGGGUUCUGCUCAGAGAAGCUGGUUAUUUUGUGAUGAAGGUUGACUUGUCACCAAUGCGUUGAGACAUGGACAAUGAACGUUAUUACUAUAUCUGUAGUAAUUAUUUCUCCUUUUACUGCAAUUGGUUCUCCCCAGCCUCUAGCAACAUAUAACGUAAUGCCUUGUGUAUUCCUGUUAGAUCUACAAUGAAAUGAUCCGAGAUCUGCUAAAUCCAUCGCUGGGAUUCCUGGACCUUCGGGAAGAUUCCAAGGGAAUAAUACAAGUAGCCGGCAUCACCGAGGUGUCAACAAUCAAUGCAAAAGAGGUGAAUUGUGAUGAUAAAAAUGAUCUCCUAUUUACUAUUAGAAGAGAGAAUUGAUACACUCUAAAUGUAUCAUUGUUUACCCGACAACUGAUAAAUAAUAUUAAAACUAUUCAAUAAUUCCAUUAAGUACAAAGAAAUGUGUUGAUUUUAUUGAUUUAUAUCGUUAAACUCCUUCAACUAGCUCCCAAAGCGCUCAGACAAUAUGCGGUUAUCAGUAUGUCUAACCCGCACAUGGCUGCCUGGAUGUUACAUGCGUUUUAUCUCUAUGGGGCAAAAUAUUAUAAUAAUCGUGUAAAUUGGUGAUUAGCUGCUCUCUAUUAUUACCACAAAAGUUUUAAAGAUUUUUUUACAAACUCCCAGUGAAUUUUUCACUGAUAAACGGUGAAUAUUUUUUCGUUUCUUAGAAAAAUAUUCCAAGGUGCUUUGGUGGACCCCCAAUAAGACAAUAAGACUUAGAGCGUCUCUCUGCCUUUACCCUCAGAUCAUGCAGCUGCUAAUGAAAGGGAACAAGCAAAGGACGCAGGAGCCCACCGCAGCCAAUAAGACCUCCUCACGGUCGCACGCCAUCUUACAGGUCACCGUUAGACAGAAGAGCCGUGUGAAGAACAUUACACAGGAAGUCCGUGUUGGACGGCUCUUUAUGAUAGACUUGGCUGGAUCUGAAAGGGCCUCUCAGGUACAUGUAGGACUGAUAACUUGAGGGUGCAUUGGGCUGUCCUCCUUACAUAGAUCUCUAUAGGUUAUGUAGGAUCCUGGUCAUGACAAGCAUCCAAUAAGCCAACUGGGACAAAAAACUUGAUCAAGAUCCAGGGGUAUUUACUUCGUGACAAGAUAGGCCGUGUUCAUUCAGUAACACCCUGUUAUACAGCUCUGACGUUGACAUUAUUCAGCCAUUCCAGAUACUCAGUCGUACCCAGUCAUGGAUGGGGAGAGUGGGGCACCAGGGCAAAUGCUCCCCCUGAGUGGCCAGAGGAAUUUAUGUCUGGCUUGUAGCAGGGGCUAAUGAGGUGUCAUCUUUACUAGGGUCCCAAAUGCCUCCACUCAAUAAGCUUGCUACAUACAUGGGAAAGGGACAUUUAAUAGAUUAGUAAGGCAGGCGUGAGGGCAUCAAUGGACGUGUCAUUUAGAAAUGAUGCAUAUUUGUAAGUUUGUGUAUCUAUUUUUGUGUGGAUGUAUGUGCCCACCCUUUAGAAUCUGUAAUAUAAUCUUGUAGUGUUCCUCCCAAAUUUGGGCACUGGAUCCCCCCCCCCACCACCACCCCGGUCAUGCCAACCCCACACUCCUCAGAGCAUGGCAUGGCCACUGACUAUAACCACAGAGUGUGUUCAUGCUGCGCCAGCCCAGAGCACCAGGAGGAGACUGCUCUGUGUUUGUUCCAACCAAGGCCCUCGCUCUGAACCUGCUGUUUUAUUUGAAACCUGAUGCAAAGUUAAAGACAAGGGGUCUGGCUGGCAAGCUUCGAUACUAUGCAAUGAAAGUACUGAUGGUGUACUGGUGGGGUGAUAGUGCCAUCUAGUGGGAUGUGAGUUUAACAAAGUCCUUGGUUGCUUAUUACAACACACACUGUUUUAUCGUUUUAUCUGUGUCUGAAAUAUCCUAAAUCUGACUUUCUACACUCUUGAAAUUAAAAAAGAUAAAUAAUUAAAAAUUACAGUAGUCAUAAAACCCUAGACAAAUUCAUUAUUCCAGAGAAAGGUGACCAUUGUGUGCACUAAAAGGGCCCCUUUAGUUCAGAUUUGGACUAGUUCCGAGGUGACUGCGAUUUUUGUUCAGCGAAUGUGAUUUCACUUUUAAUGCCUCUUCUCCUCUGAUAAUUCUUGCAGACUCAGAAUCGGGGUCAGCGGAUGAAGGAAGGGGCCCACAUUAACCGCUCUCUGCUGGCCCUCGGUAACUGCAUCAACGCUCUGAGUGAACGAGGGGGUAACAAAUAUGUCAACUAUCGAGACAGCAAACUGACCAGACUGUUAAAGGUACCAUUAAAAAUCGUAGCUUUACCCAUUGCCAUACUGAUGGCGGGCACAAACCGUCACUAUUCCAGCGCACAUUCACUUCUGCAUUAGCUGUCCAAAGCUGGGGGCUGGUUAGCCAACCAAUGUUGGACAGACAACUGGAGAAUUCCACAUCACAUUAGCCGAACCUCAGCAGAGGGGCUGUGAUGUAUGAACUAACAAAGCCCGACAGCUCAAAAACUGUUUGAUACAGAGAUGGGACCGACACCCAAACACUGCACCAUAACCACUACAAUGAGCCACAGUGGUUAUGGUCCUUUUUUCACAUGACAUUUAUUUGUGACUUGCUAUUUUAAUUAAUUAUUAAACGAUAGAUCUUACAUUUUAAAAUUUAAUGAAUCAUUUUUUUGUUUCAAUGUUAAAAUCACUGCAAGCCGUCUUGGGGUUCUACCCAACAUCCAUUCUAGCUGUUAUUGAAAUUUGUGGCCUCUCUGUUAUUAACGGAUUUCCUUAUAACCCAGAAUCUAUUCCCAAAAGAAUCUCAGGAACUGACUUGGAAAUUUCACGUCUUGAAAUAUUGCUCAGUGAAAAGACAGGUGGUAGAUAAAAAUAAUAAAAUAUCAUUAAAAAUGGCAAAGUGUCUCUCUCCUCCCCCCAUUCCUGAAUAAUCACUGCGCAUGUCAAGCAGUCAGGUUGGGGCAGGGCUUAAUAAGCAACUUUCAUAUUGCAGGUUACAACAAGCCCAUAACUAUGUAGACAUGGGGGAAUCUUCAUAUAUAAAAAUAAAAUACCUGUAAAAUAACUAAUUUAACAUUUAGUUACCAUCGCUCUCUACGUAACAAUGAGAAAUGAUUGGCUGAAAUAUCUGAGCCCGUUCCAUUCUCUCCAAUCCUACAGUGUGAAUAUAUCCAGCUGGACACAUCGGAGUUUCUUUAUUUAAAUUUAAAAAAAAAUGUAAACUUUUUUAAAACAAUUAUUUUAAAACUUGCACCUGGAUUUAUUUUCUAGAUUUUUAUAUUUAUUGUCUGUUGACAUAAAACAAAAAAUGAGAACCCAAACUGUUUUUUCUUAGAAAUGGAUGAAGUUCGAUGUGUCUAUAACCUCAGAGUUGGUUAUUAUCUUCUUAUUAUGCUGAUGUUUCACUGUCUUCACACUCAGCUGUUCUGCUUCCAUUCUCAGGACUCAUUGGGCGGUAAUAGUCGAACAGUAAUGAUUGCUCACAUCAGUCCAGCCAGCAGUGCCUUCGAGGAGUCUCGGAACACACUCUCCUACGCCGAUCGUGCCAAAAACAUCAAGACACGGGUAUAUAUAUGAACCCACUCCGGCCUGCAACGCAACCAGUGUAUACACCAAGAACGCAAUAACACAACCAGUGCACACACCAAGAACGCAAUAACACAACCAGUGUAUACACUAAGAACGCAAUAACACAACCAGUGUAUACACUAAGAACGCAAUAACACAACCAGUGUAUACACUAAGAACGCAGUAACACAACCAGUGCACACACUAAGAACGCAAUAACACAACCAGUGUAUACACUAAGAACGCAGUAACACAACCAGUGCACACACUAAGAACGCAAUAACACAACCAGUGUAUACACUAAGAACACAGUAACACAACCAGUGUAUACACUAAGAACGCAAUAACACAACCAGUGUAUACACUAAGAACGCAAUAACACAACCAGUGUAUACACUAAGAACACAGUAACACAACCAGUGCACACACUAAGAACGCAAUAACACAACCAGUGUAUACACUAAGAACGCAAUAACACAACCAGUGUAUACACUAAGAACGCAAUAACACAACCAGUGUAUACACUAAGAACGCAAUAACACAACCAGUGUAUACACUAAGAACGCAAUAACACAACCAGUGUAUACACUAAGAACACAAUAACACAACCAGUGUAUACACUAAGAACGCAAUAACACAACCAGUGUAUACACUAAGAACACAGUAACACAACCAGUGUAUACACUAAGAACACAAUAACACAACCAGUGUAUACACUAAGAACGCAAUAACACAACCAGUGUAUACACUAAGAACGCAGUAACACAACCAGUGUAUACACUAAGAACACAAUAACACAACCAGUGUAUACACUAAGAACGCAAUAACACAACCAGUGUAUACACUAAGAACACAGUAACACAACCAGUGUACACACUACACUAAGCAACACACUAAGAACACAAUAACACAACCAGUGUAUACACUAAGAACACAAUAACACAACCAGUGUAUACACUAAGAACGCAGUAACACAACCAGUGUAUACACUAAGAACACAAUAACACAACCAGUGUAUACACUAAGAACACAAUAACACAACCAGUGUAUACACUAAGAACACAGUAACACAACCAGUGUAUACACUAAGAACGCAAUAACACAACCAGUGUAUACACUAAGAACGCAGUAACACAACCAGUGCACACACUAAAGAACGCAAUAACACAACCAGUGCACACACUAAGAACGCAAUAACACAACCAGUGUAUACACUAAGAACGCAAUAACACAACCAGUGUAUACACUAAGAACGCAAUAACACAACCAGUGUAUACACUAAGAACGCAGUAACACAACCAGUGUAUACACUAAGAACGCAGUAACACAACCAGUGUAUACACUAAGAACACAAUAACACAACCAGUGUAUACACUAAGAACACAAUAACACAACCAGUGUAUACACUAAGAACACAGUAACACAACCAGUGUAUACACUAAGAACGCAGUAACACAACCAGUGUAUACACUAAGAACACAGUAACACAACCAGUGUAUACACUAAGAACACAAUAACACAACCAGUGUAUACACUAAGAACGCAAUAACACAACCAGUGUAUACACUAAGAACACAGUAACACAACCAGUGUAUACACUAAGAACACAAUAACACAACCAGUGUACACUAAGAACACAGUAACACAACCAGUGUAUACACUAAGAACGCAAUAACACAACCAGUGUAUACACUAAGAACGCAAUAACACAACCAGUGUAUACACUAAGAACGCAAUAACACAACCAGUGUAUACACUAAGAACGCAAUAACACAACCAGUGUAUACACUAAGAACGCAAUAACACAACCAGUGUAUACACUAAGAACGCAAUAACACAACCAGUGUAUACACUAAGAACGCAAUAACACAACCAGUGUAUACACUAAGAACGCAAUAACACAACCAGUGUAUACACUAAGAACGCAGUAACACAACCAGUGUAUACACUAAGAACGCAAUAACACAACCAGUGUAUACACUAAGAACACAGUAACACAACCAGUGUAUACACUAAGAAAGCAAUAACACAACCAGUGUAUACACUAAGAACACAGUAACACAACCAAAGUGUAUACACUAAGAACGCAAUAACACAACCAGUGUAUACACUAAGAACGCAAUAACACAACCAGUGCACACACUAAGAACGCAAUAACACAACCAGUGUAUACACUAAGAACGCAGUAACACAACCAGUGUAUACACUAAGAACGCAGUAACACAACCAGUGUAUACACUAAGAACGCAAUAACACAACCAGUGUAUACACUAAGAACACAAUAACACAACCAGUGUAUACACUAAGAAAACAAUAACACAACCAGUGUAUACACUAAGAACACAAUAACACAACCAGUGUAUACACUAAGAACACAAUAACACAACCAGUGUAUACACUAAGAACGCAAUAACACAACCAGUGUACACUAAGAACGCAAUAACACAACCAGUGUAUACACUAAGAACACAGUAACACAACCAGUGUAUACACUAAGAACACAAUAACACAACCAGUGUAUACACUAAGAACGCAAAAACACAACCAGUGUAUACACUAAGAACGCAAAAACACAACCAGUGUAUACACUAAGAACACAAUAACACAACCAGUGUAUACACUAAGAACGCAAUAACACAACCAGUGUAUACACUAAGAACACAGUAACACAACCAGUGUAUACACUAAGAACGCAAUAACACAACCAGUGUAUACACUAAGAACACAAUAACACAACCAGUGUAUACACUAAGAACGCAGUAACACAACCAAUGGAUACACUAAGGACAUAAUAAUACAAACAAUAUAUAUGCUAAGGACACAACUAUAAUGACCUCAUUGUUAAAAUUGCUUGCAAGCAACUGGCAGGUAAUGAGCUACACUUACAUAAACACAAAGUGUCCCAGUCUUCUAAUGCUCCAGCAGUCGGCAUGUAAUGAGAACCAUGCCGGUGGCAAUCUUGUAGAUUAUGGACAAUAGAAUAGACCAUUACAUUUGAGGGGAUCUGUGCCACUAACCCACCUCCACAAAGUUUUACGAAGGGUGAAUCCCUCCAGUGUCCUAUGUCCAUGAACACCCUCAAACAAGUGCCGAACACAAUUAGUAUACACAUGACAUGGCUCAGUACAUCAUGAUACCUUCUGUAUAUUUAAUAUGAAUCUGUAAAGCUAUCUCCUGAAACAUUGUGCCACCAUGUUUAGAGCCAGAGUGUGAGCAGAAUGCAAGCUAUAUACCUGCAGCAGGACACAACCAAUGCGUUUAUUCCAUUACAAACAGGAGCAAAUUAGUCAAUGUUUCAGACCUCCCCAGGUCCUUUCUAAAAUGUAUGUAUCUUGUCCCAAACAUGCACUGCCAGCAUAAUGUGUAUAUUUAACGUCUCUGUGCAGACAUGGUUACCCUCUGUUUGGGAGGCUUUGCAUGUAGUGUUUCAUGGAAUGUCUUAAUGUAAACGUAUGUUACUGUCAACCUCCACCUCUCACAUUAAUGUGACUUUCUAGGUCAAGAGGAACCUUCUCAACGUCUCUUACCACAUCGCCCAGUACACGAGCAUCAUAGCUGACCUGCGGAAUGAGAUCCACAGGCUCAAGGAGAAGAUUGAUGAGCAAGGCUUAAUGCAGAUGAGGACCGAGAAGAGUGACAUUCGCAACAUCCAAGGUAACCCUGACCUGUCAGGAAUAUAUAUUGUAAAUCUGUUCUAAGUUCCCGAGUCCUGCUUAAUUAGUUGUAGGUUUUAUAAACUCGAUCUUUUGAAUACUCCUAUUACAUUCUAUUGAUGGAUACUGUGGUUAGAAUGUGCUAAUGAAAUAGCUCAUUUGGUUAACAUCAAAUAUAUAACGUGAUAUUGGCAGGGCCAACUCAACCUUCCAUCCUUCUUAGGUGGAAGAAACUAGCACUAUCGAGCUGGGUAAUAGCAGCAGCAUCUAUUAUUCCACUGCUUCGAUUGUUAGAGUCCUAAGCUCCAGUUGGAGACCAACGUUCUGUAUGAGAAGAAGAUUAUCAUUAACAUUUGUUUAUCUGUAAAUGAGUGGUGGGUGAGUAAGGAAGAGUCUCUGAUGUAUGUAUGCACAGGGGAUCUAUAUUAUUUUAUGUUCUAGGAGUAUAUUUAUAGCGUUGUGGAGAUUUGAUUCCAUUGUACACAUGUAAGGGUGGCUGGACUAUAUCGGGAGGGGGCGGACUCAAUCCAUCACUGUCAGGAACAAAUGUCCUACACUUUAUUGCUUUUUUCCCCAGUCACAACCUCGAUUUCACUCUCAACAAUGUUCUCUAUCUGCUCCAGUUACUGUAGUAAAUCCCCAUCUCGUAUCCAAUCAAUCCGUUCUCUUUGUAUUUUUUUGAAGACUCCUGAAAACCCUCCUAUUGACAAAUGCUUUCCUCAUUGUUUUUCUCUUCAGUCCCACUAAGCUUUUAUUUAACUUUAUUUUAUUACCAGUGUACUCAUCGUGAGGACAUCUUAUUGAGAAUAUUAACAUCUCCUGCUUUCAGCUUACUCUGUUGUUAAUUUGCAAAUAUUUACAUUUUACACGUUUUGUGGCCAUACGUGGUGGUAACCUGACUUUUUUUGAUUUUUUUUUAAACUUCCAUUCCUAUUUCUGUCUUAAAAGUGCAUGAUCUUACUAACACCCCUGUAUUUGUUUGACCAUCCAGCUGAGGUCCAGCUCCACACCUUACCUUAUGACAGAUAUGAGAUGGAUCAGCUGAGGGAGCAACUUAUUAGAGCAUUCCGGGAGCAAAUGGAUAUCCGGAGACAGCUAAUGGAGUUAGAGAGUAAUCACAUGGAAAUUCAGAUGGAAACGUCACGUCACUUCCUCAUUAUUGCCGAGUAGGUGGAGUGAUUGAUAACCCAACAUCUACUCCUUCUGAAGGCCGACCUAGAUCUUCACUUAUUGACAUACACUCUGAUUCCAGCUUGUUUGUUUAGACACGGUUACAUGUUGAACCUAUAUGGCAAUGGGUCUGAUGCAGUUACGGAUAUACACUCCAUGUGGUGGGGACCCACCGAAGGGCAGGCUAUUUCAGCUGCUGCCCAUUCUUGCGCCCUGUUUUUUGCUCUCCACAUGUUUAAAGGGUAAUCCAGACGUGGACCCCUUGCUCACGGUGCCUAGGGAGAUAUCAGCUAUGCCUCACUGAUGAUUCCUAACAAGGCUGAAACGAUCGUCUGGGGUUGCUGUGUCUCUCGUGCAGAGGGACUUGCUGGCAUUUCAGAUCUGGACUGCCCAUAUGGGUGGGACCAGUCUGAAAUGUUUCAAAGAUGUUCUCUCUGUAAUGGGACAAGAUGAGCUAAAACCAGCUUGAGAACUGAGCGGGGACCCAUCGAAAGGGCAGGCUAUUUCAGCUGCUGCCCGUUCUCAGUAUUCUCUUGCGCCCUUUUUUCUGCUCUACACUCCAAGUGUGCUCAGUAUUGCUAUAUAUUAGUCUUGGGGUCAGAACGUCUACAGCAAACCCACAAUGAGCAAUAUAGAGAACCCUGCUCACUAUAAACAAUUACAAUUAUGUAUAUACCACUAACAUAUUUCACAGCACCGUACAAUAGGUCAUCAAGGCAAACAGUUCUAAAACAUUUUUGACAUACAGGAACAGUGGGUGAAGAGCGCCUUGUUCAAACAAGCUUACAAUCUAAAAGGAUGAGGGACAAAUAUGGAGUUAAUGAGGGAUUUAAAUCACCCAGAUAUACAGGAGGGUAAGUGUAACAGAGCUCCAGUACUCCAACCGACCUCUUAGUUAUCAGGGACCUUGGAGCACUUCAUAUUCACUCACCGUGGCUUGUCUGGGAUCACUGAGGGCCUUUUCCACCCUGGACCAGGCUAAUGUGAUUGCAGCCCUGGACACCUUUCCAUCAGCAGAUUUUAUCCCUUUCCCCAAAUGCCAGACGAAACAUGGUUCUGGGAGUCAACUGACUUUACUAGACAUAGCACACAUAUUUUAAGCCCCCAACAGCCUCAUUUACAUACAAUAGGGCGCAUAGAGCACUAUAGUACAAGGAAGGCUGGGGUCAGACAAUAGCAAGGGCUGAUGGGAGAUUGAGGACUGACAAAGUAGCUAAUUUAAACUCAUCUUGUCCCUGGGACAACGCCCUGCUGGGGAAACAAUAGGACAGGAAAAAGGGGGAGGGGGAGAGGCACAGACUAGCAGUAAAUUCAACAUACCCGGCACCAAUAUUGGGCACAGGGUGACCAAAACACAAGAGGAAUCUGGGGACCCACGAACGGGGUGUGUACGGACAGCCGAACAAAAUGAAAUAAAAGUGUAGCUAGAGCAUCCAUUCCACUACAGUAAGUGUUUGGGAGGAGGGAGGACAGUAGGUUGUAAGGGGUGAGAAGUUAAGGGGCAAGUUGAUGGACUUCAAUAAAGAAGUGUAUUACAAGGGUGCAGCCCUGGAGAUAUCCUGCAGACGAGAGUCUAAAAGUUCUGAAAUAAAACCAUAACAAAAUGCACUUAAUAUACUACACUACAUAUGUUUUAUUGUUCUUGUUAUAGCAUGUGAUUGGAUUGGUAAUGUCUGUGUGUUAUUAUAUGUACCGGUCUGUGAAUAUACUCCUGUGUUAUACUUGUAGUUGGGAACAGGAGAAAAAUCGUCGUAUCCGUAAGUGGAGAGAUGAACUCAGGAGAGAAAGCUAUGUAAAGGAGGACAGUGAGAAAGACUCGGACACCGGCGAUGAUCAGUCAGACAUCGUGGAACCUCCAGAGGUGACAUUGGCUCGAGAGAACAUCUAUGCACUGGUGGGAGAUCAGAGCAGACUGCGCCGGCAAAAGGUGAUUAUCAAAGUAUAA